AUUUCCCUUCCAUUAACACCAUGAAGCUGCUUCCAAUGACUGUGUUGCUCCUUACCAUCUGUAGCCUUGAAGGGGCUUUGGUUCGGAGACAGGCAGAGCUGCCGAAUCUGCAGAGCCUGUUCUAUCAGUACUUCCAGACUGCGACCGACUACGGCAAAGACCUGCUGGAGAAGGCCAAGGGCUCAGAGCUUCCAAACCAGGCCAAGGCCUACUUUGAGAAGGCACAGGAGCAGCUGACGCCCCUCGUCAAGAAGGCUGGAACUGAUCUGAUUAACUUCUUGGACAGUAUUUUGGACCUCAAAACACCGCCUGUUGCCAAGUGCGUUGCCUAG